UUUUGACAAAAUUCCAGAAUUCUCGACGGAGCGCAGAGAAUUGGAGCCCUGCGACGCACAGUUCACAGCGCGUGGACACGGCAUAUUGGUCGCGGGAAGAGGGAGCUUCGUAGUGGAAAAUCGUCUUGCCGACAGUGAAGGAGGCAACUUUAUGCAGGAUGUCACCAACUGGAGAGACGCGGACACAGGGAUAGACCAGGAUGGGGGCAUGCAGAUGGCAGACAUGCAAGAGGCACCUCUUAUUAAAAUGGAGAACUUUCACACCAGCAGAACAGAAGAGAUUGUCCAACUGGUCAGUGAGAGCAGUGAGAAGAUCAUUGUGGCAGAACCAGGUUCUUCGUCGUCUACUGAAACCACAGACCCUCUGGACCAGCAGGGCAACAGACACAGAGCUCCAGACACCUCACUCAAUAUAGAACCUGGAAACCAGACCUUCCAGCAUCCAGCAUCACAAUACAACAGAGCAAGACAGGACCAUCAGGUUGCUGAGGGUGUGKCCUGGGAAACUGACCAUCAACCCAUAGAAUACAGCCUGUCCCAAUGGACAGAGAACCAAGUGACUGACAACCCAACUGUGAAUGCUCUUCACAAUGCUGGGCCAGACUCCAAGAGGCUGUCUGGACAUCCAGAGAGGAGAGGGGUGUCUGGUAACUCAGGGGUCUGCAUGUCUGCUUCAGGCAUUCUGGACUGGCUGCCUGAUGUGGUGAUGGUGGACUCAGUUCCCAUUAAAGUGGAGGCAGAUAUGAGUUCAGAAUGGAGCCUAACUGGCCAAGAGGUGACAUCUGGAGAGGUCUGUUCAGACGGCAGGCAGCUUGUGGACAACAYAGGAAGAGGGGGAAUGGAGUCUGGACAGACAAAGUGUCCCCCUGACACUCAACAUGCAGAGCAAGGGACAACUGUAGGAUCAAGGUCCAAGAUGUCAGAUUUCAAUGGCCUGUCCAUUCAAAACAGCUUUUCAUCCCCAAGGGUUACUCUCCACCAGGUUCCCCAAAGAGGGAAGCAACAGAGGCUCCACUUCUUCAUCAAAAGGCACAGAAAAGCAGCCGCAACAGCUAAUGUCUCACUCGCCCAAGAGGCAGCUCCGGUGCAGCCUCUGUGGAAAGCCCUUCCACCAGCCGGCGCACCUGCGGAGUCACAUGCGGGUCAUACGGGGGAGAAACCGUACGGCUGCAGCCACUGCACCAAGCGCUUCUCCCACAGCCACCAGCUGAAGAUGCAUGAGAGGGUGCACACCGGAGAGAAACCGUUUCAAUGUGUCUACUGCGGGAAGUGCUUCACCCAGUCCGGCCACAUGAAGAAGCACCUCCUCGUACACACUGGUGGCAGGCCACAAGACGUUGUGCUGCCCUAAGUGGAGUUUUUCUUCACCACGUGACCAGACCAGGGAAAAACUGUCUUCCCCAUAGUUCUAUUCCAUGUGUCUAGUUCUCUUCCACCUAGUUGUAAGGGGAAUGGCUCCACAGUAUGGGGUUUUCAUAUGAACACUGGGUCCAUGUGUUUUUAACAGUCUGGAUGUUUUCACAUUGAACGCUACCCUCUGUGUGUGUAGGGGUUGUGUUUUCAGUUCAACUGGCUUGAUGCUUGGUCCAGAGUGGACUGAUAAUGUAUAUUAUUAAAGCUGAAGAUUUAAACAUUACAUUUUAGUCAGUUAGCAGAAGCUUUAUCCAUAGCAACUUAAGUGCAAUAAGGGUUAAGUGCUUUGCUCAAGGCACAUCAACAGAUUUUUCAGCUUGGUUGGCUUUGCGAUUUGAACCUGCGACUUUUCGGUUACUGGCUCAACGCUCUUAACCGCUAGGCUACCUACUGCUAGGCUACCUACUGCUAGGCUACAUCCUUAUGACUUUGUUACCAAUUGUAUUCAUAUCAAACAGUAUUAAGUGUUCAGGAAGCACUGGACAGGUGCCUAGGCGAGCGAGGUCUGUUGGUGGUCGAGAGCUCGUUGCUCGUUUAUGUUUUUACUUGGACGAACGAGCCGGGGAGGAUGAGGAAGAAUGCGCAGGGUUCCCGCAUGCCAGCACACUCCUGGGCCUGGAAACGGACCUGGCGACCCAGCAGUUGCAGGGAGAGAGAGUGCUGACUGGAAUGAAUCCCCAGAGGUACCAUGGUCUGGGGAAACAUCAUCUCUUGGAGCUUCUUCUGGAGUCACUGGUGUGGAUCUUCCGGAAUGUGUUGCGUGUGGACGGGAAGACAGGUUACUGGAACCGGUCUCUGGUCUGCAGAACCUUACACACCAUCUUGACAAAUUAAAAAAAAU